AUUCUUUGACAUAAUUUCCCUCAUUCACUCCCCACCCCCACUAUAUCAUACACUUCAUUUCUGCCAACAUUUCUCUGUUUUCUUGCAGCCAUGGCAGUGGAUGUAUGCUCUGAUGAUGCCUCUUCCAGUCCAAGAAUUUCAUUCUCCCAUGAUCUCCGGCAAUCUGACACCGUACCCUCUGAAUUCCACCUCCGCUGUCUCCCCGAUCCUCUCCUCUUCGAACCCACCAUCGACUUCGAUUUCUGCACCAGUUUCAUCCCAGAAAUCUCCCCGGCGGACGAGCUCUUCGCCGACGGCAAGAUCCUUCCCGUUCAAAUCAAGAAACCCGCCGCGCCCUUCGCAGAUUCCAAAUCCCGGCAGCCCAAGAUCGCAAAUACCGAUGACAACAAGAAGAUGUUGAAGGAGUUCUUGUCUGCAAAUCCUGAGCCGGAGCUGGAGCCGGGAACUCUCGCGUCGCCGGCGAAGCACUUUUGGCAAUUCGGGCGGAGCAGCAGUCUGAACUGCGAUACCCGCCGAGGGAACAGCCUAGUCCGGUCGCUGCAGUUCCUAUCUAGAAGCAAUUCCACCGGUUCCGCCCCAAACGGCAAGCUCUCUGCUCCGCCGCCGCAGGCAGAGGCCGCCCGGAAGCAGAGAUCCAGACCGGAGCCGUUCCUAUCGCGUUCAGUUUCUUCAGUACUAUUCAACACUCAUAGACAUAACCAUUUGAUGCCAUCAAAGAAGACCAUGAACAGCCCAUUGAAGAAGAGCUGUAGCUUCAGAUCUUCUGGUUAUGGAGUUAGAGUCAUCCCUGUUUUGAACAUCUCACCUACUUACAACACAAAACAUACAUUUUUUGGUUUGGGAUCCUUGUUUUGUAAUGGUAAGUCUAAAAGGAAGAAGAGAUAGAUAGGAUAUUCAAAUAAUUCAAUGAAUCGCUUAAUCAUACCUACACAUUAUUCAUAGAGUUCAUAAAUCAGAGUUGCAUAAUCGAUACUUGUAUUUCAAGGUUUCUGGCGAUUAUUUCUGAUUUUUUAAGAUUCAAUACUAUACACG